AUGCGGGAUAUACAGGGAAUGCCCUUCAUUGCAACAUCCUCAUCUGCAGGAAGGUUGCAGCAGCUUGUCUAUACAGUGGAUCAUCAGCUUGGCCCCUUAGAAAGCACAAGGCUCCAUGGGACACAUUCUUGUCGCUCAGGAAUUAGGGAAGUCAGAAAUGUUUGUUGUAAAAGAGUAGAGAAGAAUACUUCAAGAGAAAUCAUUCAUAUGAUUUUGAAGAAAAGGACAUAAACCCAUAAUCUUUUCCCCAAGUCUCUGGAUUUGCAUGGGCAGACUAAUUGUCCAUCAGCUGAGAUAGGAAUGGGUUAUAUAAUCAAGUUGGUGUCAUCCAAGUGUUGUGACCUUGAAGAAAUCCAAUUUGUUUCUUGUUAUUGGAUGACCAACAAUGUGAAAAUUUUAGCUUUCUACAUAUCAGAAAUGAACCAGUGUACUUUAAACCAAACACUAUCAUCAUUUCUAUUAUUAGGAGCAUUCUUUGAGAAGAAACUUCUGAAAAACUUCCAGCAGUUGGAUUUGGCAGAGAAUUGUAUGAGCAAUAAUGGAUAGUUAGCUUUUAUGGGGAUAUUAGUCAAUCUCAAGAAAUUGGCUUUUUUUUUUUUUUUUACUUCAGAAGAAGUGCUUUUUUACCCACAGUUGGUUAGAAAAUUUGAUCAUUUAUUAUACAAGCUAUUAUAA